AUGGAAGUUAUAAGAGUGUUCACGGGUUAUCACAGUGAAAAUGUUAUCAACAACCGAGCGUGGUCUUGUUCCUGGAGACAUGAUGGCAAGCUAUUGUUGACCACAGGCGAAGAUAAAACAACAAAAGUCUGGAGAUACGAUCCUGGUAAUUGAAUUUCGGUUUACAUCUUUAUCGUUUAGACAAGCAGACUCUGCAAAUAGUAACACAUCUGAGUGGAGAUCAUUUGCGAACAGUCAGGACGGCACAGUUCUCACCUUGUGGUAGAUAUAUUGUGACAGCCAGCUUUGAUUCUACUAUGAGAAUAUACGAGCAAGAUGGUGAGAGUCACUUUGAGGAAAAACACAGAUUGGAUGGACAUGAGCAUGAGAUUAAAUGUGCUUCUUUCUCUUCUUCUGGUCAAUACCUGGCAUCAGCUAGUCGAGAUAAGAAUGUUUUUGUGUGGCAAGGUAAGUUACGCAGAAUUUUAUAUUGAAAUUGGUGUUUAGUUGAUGAGGACGAAGACUUUGAUGUGGAUUCAGUUCUGCAGAAUCAUACAGGAGAUGUCAAAUUUGUUGUUUGGCAUCCAACAGAAAACGUGGGUUUUGAAUCUUUCAUCACGAGUAAUUUAUCCUGUGUUUGUGGUACUAAAAGAGUACUUUAAUUUACUUUUUUUUAUAAAAUGGCAUUCUAUUCUGUAUUUUAUAAUGUGUACAUUAUUUGUUAGUUCUUGGUAUCUGGAGGCUACGACAUGAAUGUAAAUAUUUAUCGAUACGAUGGAAGCGAUUGGGUGGUACAUCAAACUCUGGAACAUGUUCAUGAAGAAACUGUUUGGAUGGUGGCAUUUAAUUACGAUGGAACAUAUUUUGCGACAGUUGGAGGAGAUGGUUUGAUAAAGGUAGUAUAUUUACAACAUCUUUUUAAAGUUGAAAUCUGUAUUUUAUAAAUAGGAAAAUGUUUAAACUGACUUUUUAGGUGUACAAGAUGACACGAGGAGCAACGGAUAGCGAACAUAAGUUUGCGCAUCUUGUUACAGUAACCCCACUAGAUGCAAAAUGGCCUAUAUUUACAGUUGCUUGGAGUCCUGUGCAAAAUAUAUUCGUUUGUGGUGGAGGAGAUAGGCAGUUGUGGUAAGUGGAAUUAAUUGGUAUUACUAAAUUUACUUUUGUGUUUACAGAAGUUUUAUGUUUAAUCAUAACAUAAUUUUUAGUUAUUACAAUGUUGUUUUAUUCAAAAUACAUGAAAAUCUUUUAGGUUAUGCUCUCUAGAAGAUGAUGAAACGGUUAUUGUAAAUACACCGUAUUCUCACUCCAGCGACAUUAAUUGUGUAGCCUUUAAUCCUCAGAAUCCGGGUAUUAUUUCACUUUGCUCAGAUGAUGGUGAAAUUGUUUUGUUACAGCUAAAUCAAUAAAUUUCUAUCAAUAUUGUUCUAUUUUUAUGUGUUCAAAUGGUUUGUACCAUUGAUACCUAUGUUUAUAUUACCCACAUAUUUUACUAUUUAAAUUUUUGUUGAAUUUGUUUUUCUAAAGAUCUUAAGCUUUAUUUUAAAAAGCCAUUAUUAAAACUUGUUUUAGAUGGAUUGCGACGUGGCCGGGUACCACGUUGAAUCCUUCAACUUCUUUUGCCAGGAAGGGUUGGCAUUAGCGGCUGAUGAUGUCUCUACAGAGAAAUUCAGAUUGAAAAAUGAUCAGGCGGUCGAAAUAAGAUACAAAGGAGCUAUAAUCAAAAGUCCCAGCGUUCAAAGUGCUAUGGUAAUUAUUUUACAUUAUUUAUAUUACCUUGAUUUGCUUUUUAAAUUUACAUUAAUUUAGUAGGCACUGAAGCAAACUUGUAAAAUGUUUUAACAUGUAAUUUUAGGGAAACAGCGUGGAAGACAUAACAAACACACAGUACAUUCUACCUUCUGAGUGUCGUCAACGAGGCCUUACCUAUCGAGGACCGCUGUUUGUGGACCUUGAAGUCAAAGUGAAUGGCACAACUCUGGGAGUCUUCUCAACUCUUCUUGGCCACAUUCCAAUCAUGUUGAGGAGUGAGCUAUGUCAUUUGAAUAAGAUGUCCGAAGAAGAGUUGAUCAAGGCAGGAGAAGAAGGCAUCGAGAAGGGUGGAUACUUUGUGAACAAAGGCUCAGAGAAGGUGAUUCGAUUACUGGUCGGUAACAAGAGAAACUUCCCUCUGGCUAUUGUCAGAAACAGUUUUAAGGAAAAGGGAAAGCUGUUUACUGAGUUUGGCAUCAUGAUGAGAUGCUUCAAAGACGGACAUUCUGCUGCUAUUAUGAGUUUACAUUACCUCGACAGUGCUUCAAUGGUGCUUACUAUUCAGGUAGAUUAAAUUAUUUUGAAGUUUGUAGAUGAUUACUAUAUUUUUUUAAUUUGGCAUGCUUAAAUUUAAUGUUGUUUUUAAAAAUGAGUUUUUAAGUUAAUGAUAAUAUUAUAGUACCGUCGUGAACUGUUCUACAUACCAUUCAUGUACAUUCUUCGUGCAUUGACUGAUUUGAGUGAUAUGCAAAUUUACGAGAAUAUGACAAAGCUGAGGCCAAAUGACACUUACUGGUCGAGUUGUGUCAAGAACAUGUUAGUCAGCGCGGCCGAAGAAGGAGUGACCAACAGAGAAACAGCUUUGACAUUAUUGGGAUCAAGGUUCAGAGUUACUUUAGGUAACAAACUGGCUCCAUGGGAAACUGAUGAGGUAGGUUCUUUAACUUUUAGUUUUUAUAGUAAUGUAAAAGCUGAUAGUAUGUCUUAUUUUUUUGUUUUACAUUGUUUUUGAUAAUAACAAUUGAUAUCUGCUUUUCAGGAUGCUGGACGUUUCAUAAUGAAAUAUUGUGUAGCUAUUCACCUGGACAACGAUGGAGACAAGUUUCAUUGUUUAUCGUUGAUGGGCCAGAAGCUUAUCAGUUUGGCGUUAGGACAGAUUUUGCCAGAUUCUCCUGAUAAUCCACAGUUUCAAGAAGCUACAGUGACCGGUCACAUUUUUUUGUUGAUGAUUAGAGAGCGAUUGGAAGGUGUUCUGGGGGUUUUGAGGAAGAAAAUCGAGAUUGCUCAAGCACGAAGAGGAGACAAGUUUACUUUUGAUGGGUAAGUUAGAAAAAAUGGUUUUUAAUACUAUUUUGGUCAAAAAAUUCGUAGAAAGUUAAAGAGUUAGUGGCGAAGAAAUAAUACUUAUAAUUUUCGGUUUUAUGUUUUUUUUUCUUUAAUUUAUAACUUUUCAGAAAGUUUUUCCAAUCACAGUUAUCAAGCAUCGGAGGUCAACAAAUAACGAAUGCUUUUGAGUACUUCUUGGCCACAGGCAACCUGAUCACUAGAAAUGGCUUAGGAUUGAUGCAAAACCAAGGAUUCGCUGUCAUAGCUGAAAGAAUCAAUCAGCUACGGUUUGUCUCUCACUUCAGAGCAAUUCAUCGUGGUGCCUUCUUUAUGGAAACCAGAACUACAGAUGUCAGAAAGCUGCGACCAGAAGCCUGGGGCUUUAUUUGUCCAGUACACACUCCUGAUGGUGCUCCUUGUGGAUUACUUAAUCAUGUGACGGCUUCGGUCAAUAUCAUCACAAAACCAAUUGAUACCAGUCCUUUAAACGAGUUACUGUAUCAGAUGGGAGUUAUUACUCAUGAAGAGAUGAGAUUGAAUGUUGCCAAGGCUCAGGACAACCCAGAAGAGCUAAAGUUGUUCUAUCCAGUGUUGAUGGACGGAAAAGUUGUUGGUUAUGUGUCGAGAGCUGAAGCACCAAGAUUGGAAAGAAGGUUGAGAGCUUUGAAAGUGAAUCCGAAAGAGAAAAGGGUACCAUCUUUGGUGGAAAUAGUACUAGUGAGAGCAUCGACGGAUGAAAAGAAUAUUCUCACUCAAUUCCCUGGAUUCUACAUAUUCGCAGAUAUGGGCAGAAUGGUUCGACCGGUCAAGAACUUGAUUUGCAAAAAGACUGAGUUUGUGGGUAUGUUAUUCUUUGUAAUAUUGUGUUAUUUGGUCAUUUUAUUGUCAAUAUGGACGUUAGUUUCAUGUUUUUUAUGCAGUUAUGUAUUUUUAAUUAAAAUAUAUUGUUUUAGGUAUAUUUGAGCAAGUUUAUCUCUCCAUUAUUAUUGAUCCAGAAGAAAUUGAACCCGGAGUGACGAUGCAUCAAGAGCUUCAUCCCAGCGCUUUGUUCAGCUUUGCUGGCAAUCUGAUUCCGUUCCCAGAUCACAAUCAGUCGCCACGUAACAUUUAUCAGUGCCAGAUGGGUAAACAAACCAUGGGAAUUGCAGUACACGCCUGGAAGAAGAGGGCUGAUAAUAAGAUGUACAAUAUUAUUGUAAGUCAUGCUAAGAUAUUGACAUUUUUGGUCAGUAAGGAUGCUUAAAGUAGUAUUUAAUAAGUUGGGAAAAGGAAAGUUGAGGAAAUUUAUAGCAUGGAUAUGUUUAAAGAUUAGUAUUACUUAAUAUAAAGGAAAUGUAACAUUAGAAAUGACAUAACAAAGUAAAAACUAUUAACAAUAUUGGUGCUGUAGUUGACCAUUAAGUGGCUUUUCAGACACCACAACACCCCUUGUUGAAAUUGGAAGCCUACGAAAAGUACGAAAUGACGAACUAUCCUUUGGGCACGAACGCUUGUGUUGCUGUUAUCUCUUAUACUGGAUACGACAUGGAAGAUGCUAUGGUAAUCAACAAGAGCUCGUUUGAAAGAGGUUUUGCUCAUGGAAUGGUCAUCAAAGUUGAACGGUAAGAUUACAAAAACAUUCCUAGUUUUUUUAGAGGUUUAUGUUUAGUUUAUGAAAAAUAGAUUUUUUUAUUGGCUGAAAAUCUAUAUCUUGAAUUAUUUAAUAUUCGUAUUUUAGGCUGAACUUGUGCGAAACGGGAAUGUUUGGCAAAAAGGAAUCCAAUGCUUUCUUUGCUAAAGAUCCCAAAGACACGGAACUCACAUCGAUCGCAGCUGAUGGACUACCUAUACCUGGUCGUUUAUACAGACAAGGCGACGUUUACUACAGUAAAAAGGACAGACAUGACGACAAAUACACUACUGGAGCUUUCAAGUACGCAGAAGCCGCGUACUGUGGAAUUGUCAGGGCGAUUUCUGAAGAAGCUGACGGUGUGGUGGUAAGCAAUUUUAAAAUUUUGUUUUUGAUUUUUUUAAUGACAAAAACAAACGGAAGGAUUGUAUUCUUCACUGCUAGUAAAAUAAUAUCGUAAGUUUUGCCUUUCUUCAGCACAUUCUAAUACAAUGGCGUAUCCCUCGUAACCCAAUCAUCGGUGACAAAUUCGCUUCACGGCACGGUCAAAAAGGUAUCAACUCUUUCCUGUGGCCAGUGGAGUCUCUGCCCUUCUCUGACUCGGGCAUGGUUCCUGACAUCAUCUUCAACCCCCACGGUUUCCCAUCUCGGAUGACAAUCGGGAUGAUGAUCGAGAGUAUGGCAGGCAAGGCGGCGGCCAUGAACGGAAGCUACUACGACGCAUCACCGUUCGUGUUCAACGAAGAGAACACGGCCAUCAAUCAUUUUGGCGAGUUGUUACAACAAGCCGGCUACAACUACUACGGCAACGAGACAAUGUACUCUGGCGUUGACGGUCGGGAAAUGAAGGUACGAAAUUCAGCGAUCAUAAAUCGCAAUUUAAUACUGUAAUUUUAAAGUUUUUAUGGAUUUUCGAAUUUUUUGUACUAAAAAAUGAUCUUUUUUGCUUAAAAGGUGGAGGGAUAGUAAUUUAUGUUUAAAGACAUCUCUUUAAAAAUAAGGUUUUUAUUAAAAAAUUUCAGGUUCAAAUCUUCUUUGGCAUCGUAUAUUACCAGAGACUUCGACACAUGAUUGCUGACAAGUUCCAAGUACGAGCCACAGGUGUUGUAGAUCCAGUAACUCUUCAACCAGUCAAAGGACGUAAGAAAGGUGGUGGUAUUCGAUUUGGAGAGAUGGAACGUGAUACCAUGAUUGCUCACGGUGCAGCUUACUGUCUACAAGAUCGGCUUCUGUACUCAUCCGAUCUGGACUUUUGUAAAGUCUGUGCCAAAUGUAGUUCGAUCAUCUCGGUCAGCAAACUCAAAUCGACUAACGUAAGUUAACUUACAAGUGAUAUGCUCUUAUUAAGCGAUUGAUAUAGGAUUUUUUCAAAAUCAUUUUUUAUAUUAUCAAUGUAUAUUAAUGUUAACAAGGUUGUUGUGGAUUAAGUUUUUUAAAACUUUAAUAGUUUAAAUGGCCUUGUUUUAGCUCCGAAGAGGAAUGCAGCAAACAGGCCAGAUCCCGGUAUGUCUAAGUUGUCGCGAAAGUUCAGAAGUGUACGAGAUCCAAGUGCCAAGAGUAUUCAGAUACCUGGCUGCCGAACUGAGUUCGGUCGGCAUUCAACUCCAGUGCGAUGUAGGGGAUCCGACCAGUCGAUAA